AUGUCGCGGGCGGGGGGCGAUGGCACUGCCGCGCUGGAGCGGGCCGGGGCGGAGACGGUGAAGCGAGCGGUGGAACUGGACCUGGCGUCUCGGUUCCAGGAAUCGCUGGUGUGCUACCAGGAAGGCAUUGACCUCCUGCUGCAGGUGGUGAAAGCCACCAAAGAUCAGGCCAAAAAACACUGUUACCGGAAGAAAAUAUCCGAGUACAUGACCAGAGCUGAAGACAUUAAGAAACACAUUGAAAAAGAGAAACAAGAUGGCAAAUACCAUAAGCAAAUCAGGAUAGAGGAGAACGCAACAGGUUUCUGUUACGAGAAGCUUUUCCAAGAGUACCUUACUGAAAUUGUUUCUGAAGUUUGGGUGGAGGACCCCUAUAUUAGGCAUGCUCAUCAGUUAUAUAACUUUCUACGGUUCUGCGAGAUGCUAGUUAAGGGGCCGUGCAAAGUGAAAACAAUCCACCUCCUCACUUCCUAUGAUGAAGGCAUUGGAAGGAGUCAGCAAGUAAGUGGCUUGGAAGAAAUUCAACAGUCAUUGAGAAGUUAUGGAGUAACACUGAAUAUUGCAUUUUCAUCUUCAAUACAUGAUCGAGAAAUUAGAUUCAACAAUGGAUGGAUGAUUAAGAUUGGAAGGGGUCUUGAUUAUUUUAAGAAACCACAGGGUCGUUUCAGCAUUGGAUACUGUGACUUUGACUUGCGACCUUGUCAUGAAACAACAGUGGACAUCUUUCAUACUAAACAUACAAAGAAAAUGUGAUCAGCUAUGACUGCUUUUAAUGAGCGUUUUUAUAAGCAUAAAAAGUCCGACUAGAAGAUGCUGCUUGACUCCAGCUGCCCACCUUCAGACCUAACUCUUCCACAUUUGUAGUCCAACAGUUCUUAUAAUCUGUAGGUUUAGGAAUAUUUGAGACUUCAGUCUGAGAAGCAACUGUAUGAUUCCUCCCCUGUACCUCAUCUAUAAUCUUAAUGCAAUCCCUGUCCAAACUCGAUCUUGAUUUCAUAACUGACUCUCUAUACUGUCUCUCAAAGGCCUCUAUACUGUCAUUUCUAUUUUUACUAUUAAUUU